AUGACUAUCGUUCAGGAUGUCCUUCUUCUACAAGCCCCGAGCGUGGACUGUGCACAAGAACGAGACCACAUCAAUUUUUUAAACUCAAGUCUGGAACGAUUCGGCGUUGUCAAAAUUGACAUAGGAUUUGAAGAUGAUCAGUGCCGUUACCUUGAGCAAGUAAUCCGUAACCUACACCAAUAUCACGGUCACGGCCUCCCCAUAGAUCACAGCGCUACACGCGGUUGGUUCUGGGACAUCCGACCAAUGGCUCCUGUGAAACAAGAGGAUGAUAGUACUGCCUCCAAUUCUUCGGUACCACGAGAUCAAGCACGAUCAGAGACCGCACGCGACUUUCCAUGGCACACCGACUGCAGCUACGAAUCCUCCCCCCCACGUUACUUUGCACUGCAGGUACUUCAAAACGAUCGCUGCGGCGGGGGKACUCUGUCAAUUCUGAACGUCGAAAGAUUACUUGGUCAUCUGUCCGAAGCUUCUCGUUCGUCUCUAUACCAUCCGGAAUAUAGCAUCAGCGUCCCACCAGAAUUUAUCAAGAAUGAGGGUCAACGUCAAAUUGUUGGGAGCAUACUGUGCGACGAUGAGAAUGGCAACACUGGUCUUCGUUUCCGAGAGGACAUAUUCACUCCGCUGACUAAGGCCGCGGCAUCUGCUAUCGAGGAAUUAAAAUCUGUGCUUUCAGGACCAGAAAUUGAGGAAGAAAUAUUACAUCUUCACUCCGAGUAUAUGUCGCGCGGUUCGAUCAUCUUGGUGGACAAUCGAAAAUGGCUGCAUGCGCGCAAUGAGGUGAAGGAUCCGGAACGACAUCUACGACGAGUUCGCUGGGAUGCAUGUGCAUUUAGGUGA